AUGCUUGUUUACUGGGGAGGGGAGGAUUGUGGGAAUAAGGGGUUAUUAAUAAGUUACUCUAAUGGAGAGUUGAGAAUGGGUCUUGAAGGAACAGGUUGCCUCCUCCUCACCAUCCUCACUGCCCUCAGAAUGCACAAUAUAGGUUUGUUUCCACAGUUUCUUCCCCUGCACCCCUGGCCACCCUACCCCACCCGAGCCUUGCCCUCCCUGGAGACUGAGCCUCUCAGCUCCCUCUUGCCCUUGUCCCCAUCUUUCCUCCUUGCCUUUGAAGCUUCCCUUUCUCUUUUCUCUGUCCUCAGCUCCUUCUCCCUCUGUGCACCCCCGCCUCCCAAUUCUCCUUUGGAAUUUCCAGAGGGCUCUGGGAGUUCCUGCCAGAUGUUGAACCCAGGUCUCAGCUGUUUCCUAGGUGAGGGCAGGAGACUGGUCUCCCGCCAGGCCCCACUCCUGCUUGGGGACGGGGGGCUGCGGGCCCGGCCCUACCAGGUCUCCCUCUCAGCGCUGGGUUUGUUGGUGGAGAGAGAGAAGGAGGGGUUUGGGCUGCUUCCUUGCCCCAGCCCCCUCUGUGGCAUUGUCUUUCCCACCCUUGUUCUUAUUUUUCUACCAAUCGCUAUUUUUCCGAACAAUCCUUGUAGAGAGUAUGUACCAUCCAGAAGCAGGAGGGCCUCCCUACGGCCGGCUCUGGUUGGAGAUGGUACAGUUUUAUUGUACAGGUGCUAA